GUUCAAACUGACCUCGACUACUACGUCUUGUCAAAAUCGCUCAAAAGCUGGCACUGCUUCGUUGCCGCUUACCAUCAGUCAGAGGAUUCCAAUCACGUAGACUUCCGAUGAAGAGAAGUGCUUCUCCCGUCAUACUCCUGCGUGCCAGUGAGCAUCUAAGCGGCAGCCCUGUUUCGACGCUCACGCCGACAUCCGAAAGCAGUCAUACGACCCUGCGGCGGUCAAAACGCAUAAAGGUCGAGAGCGGGCCAUCAGAGCCUCGCGAUGACGCUCGGUCUUUAUUGGUGAAGUUCGAAGGCCUCGAGGAGACGACGCUGCAAGUCGCAGUGGACGCGCCAGCCACAGGGACCAGUAAACGCAAGCCGGCGACUCGAGUGAAGAGGGAAGGUACCACAUCUCCCAAGAAGCAGAAACCUAUCAAGCAAGCAUUGGAGACACCGCAUCCAACCCCUGCCCGUUGGUCCGAAGCAUACAAUGCCAUCAAGGAGAUGCGUUCCCGCAUUGUGGCUCCUGUCGACACGAUGGGUUGUAAUAGGGCACAGCUAGAAGAGACUAUCCCGCAGAAUCAACGGUUUGCCACUUUGAUCUCUCUCAUGUUGUCCUCCCAGACGAAGGACGAAGUCACGUUCGCGGCCGUCGGCAAGUUGCGCGAGGCUGUUGGUGGUAGUCUCAGUGUGGAUGCACUUGUCAGGGCGGACGACUCCGUGAUCUCCGACGCUAUCUGUAAGGUCGCUUUCUGGCGACGCAAGACGCAGUAUAUCAAACAAGCCGCACAGCGGCUGUGCGAUGAUUUCGACUCCGAUGUUCCUAAGACGGUAGACGAACUUUGCUCCCUGCCAGGCGUUGGCCCGAAGAUGGCCUUUCUCUGCCUGCAAGACGCGUGGAAAUUGAACGUGGGCAUAGGAGUUGACGUGCACGUUCAUCGCAUCACCAACAGGCUGGGCUGGCACAAGCCGCCGACCAAGAACCCUGAGGAAACACGCCUCAACCUCCAGUCAUGGCUGCCGCUGGAGCUACAUCCCGAGAUCAAUGCACUUCUGGUAGGAUUUGGCCAGACAAUAUGCCUCCCCGUUGGCCCUCGAUGUGAUACCUGCAAGCUCAAUGAUGGCCUCUGCCCGAGCGCCCGCAAAGGCACAACAACAAGGGUGAAAACGGGGAAGGCUGUCGUCGCCGCGGCCCGCAAAGCUGGUCCUGAGGUUGAGAUUGCCAUUGAAACAGAGACCGUUGAUUCUGUUCGAGACCCCUCCUCGCCGUUAUCUGAUGCAUAAGCAAAUGUGACGACGUCUGUGUCGGCGAUGUCGUGCAUUGUCAUUUGCUAUUGUUUCAUUUUGCUCUCAGGUCCACCUGUACACACUGUGCAUUCCCGUUGCUCACAUUUAUGACGUUAACACCAGAACGAGAGAUAUAUCAACCACGCAAUCUGCUCAGCAUUCUCAGGGGCUCCAAGCCCGCAGGGUUCUCUGACGUCCUGACGUCAAUUGCGUUUACACCGUGGUCAGUGAACGAGACGCGGGCAUCGAGCUGUAACGCUUCCCCACUCCCUUUGGACUCGGCCUUCGGAUUGUCCUCACCGAGGGAAUCGUCUACCUAUUCAGGACACCUUCGACUCGGAGUAGCCCGCAACAUACGUAUUCCGGCUUCUUCAAGCAAUUGUUGUCUCGGAACAAGCGCGAAAGUGAGGCAUUACAAUUGAACAACAUCAUUGUUCGUGUGGUUCGUGUGGUCUAUCUGUCAUCG